CGGCCUGCGUGACCGUAGCUGGAAAGCCCCAGCCGCGGGUCAAUCCCUCUGGCUGCUCCAGAGGCCCCAUCGCCCAGGUCCCGCUCUGAGGACCCGGCCCCGCCGGCUUCUCCUGGUGGCCCUGCUCUGCCUGGGGUCCAGCGUCUACUCACCCAGCAGCUGUGCUGACUCCGAGAUGCCGUUGCCGCAGACAGAGGCCUCUGGGCCGGAGCUGCACCGCCCUCAAGAGCCCGUGGAGCCGCACACCCCAGCCCAGGGCGCCCGUCGGGCGAGCAGCGAGGACGCACCCCGCGACCGGCCCGAGGGCUCCAGGCCUGGCCGGGGCACUUUGCGGCGGGCCUUCUCGAGGGUGAGCCAGCGGGCCUCGGGCCAAGCCCCCCGAGGGGACGCAGGGCUGCUCAGGCUCAGCGGCCGCUUCCUGUUCCCGUCUUUGCGGCGCACUUCAGACAACGGCCCCGCCGGGGACCAGACCGGGGCGACCUCUGAGCCAGGGCCGGCCGGCGACAGGAAGGGGUCCUCCAAGGCCAAGGAAGGUGUUGGCCGGCGGUCGUCCACGGGGACUGGGCCUGAGGAAGCCAAAGGCACAUCUGUGGCCGACCUCAUCUCCAAGCGGCAACUCCUGGCCGCCUUCGAGCAGCUGUGGCACCUGGAGACGGGGCUACUGGCCGAGAAAGCCUCGUGCACUCAGCAGGACCCUACGGACUUAGCGCGGCGCGCCAUGGACGUGUGCCUGCACUACGACGGGCUGACCGAGGAGAUCCGCGCCAUCGUGCGCGAGACGCUGGGCCCGGACGAGGUGGACGCUGCCGCGCUCGCGGAGGUGGCCCGCGUGGUGCUCGCGGAAGAGGAGGCCCAUCCGAAGCCCCCCGCAGACGGCGACUUUCUGCGCACGCCGCGCGGCUGGCGCCAGCACUGGGAGGACGCGGUGCGGCGGAGCGCGGAGGAACGUGUGCGGCAGGCGGGCGCGGAGGCGGCCCCGGGGGCGGCCGACGCUGCCCCCGACGUGGCGCGGCUCCUGGCCGAGCUCGGCGGCUUGGUUCGCCGCGACCUGCAGAAGGUGCAGCGGGAGGUGCACCCCGCUUACGCGGCCGCCGGCUUCCCGGCGUGGCAGACCUACCUGAGUGCCUUCCACGGCGCGGUGGCCCGGCGCUUCCAGGAGCUCACGCACGACGCCCGCAGCUAUAAGCAGCUCUACGUGCUGCUGGACUGGGCCACCAACGUGUACGGCAGUCCCGAUUUCCUGGGCUCCCAGGACCAGACUGUGCCCUCGGAGCCGCUGCCCCCGCUCCUGGCACCGGACGUCUGGGCCGGACUGGAGGACGACUGCACCAGCUUCCUGGAGACCGAGAUCGCGAGCUGCUUCGAUAGGAUCCUGCAGCUGGAGCAGGACCGCUGGGCGGCUGCGGAGGCCCCCGACGUGCUGCAGGGCCUCUACCGCACGACGCUGUCCUCGGACGUCUGCAUGCUCGUGGCGGAGCACGCGAAGGCGGCCGGGGCCAUCUCCACGAAGCUGGAGGCCACCACGUUGGGGAUCUGCGCGCGGGCGCUGGGGCUCUUCCUGCCCAGGUUCAAAAAGGCUUUUCUGGAGUCAGGGGCGGUGAGCGAGCCUAACCUGUGCGCAAGCAUCAAUGCCUGCGAGGAGCUCAGGACUCACCUUCUGGCCAAGUUCCCAGAAAGCUUUGGAGAGCUGGAGAAGCCCCUGGUGGCUGCCACCUGCGCCUUUCAGAAGCAGCUCCUCCAGGGCUUGCAGGGUGAUGUGCAGCCGCUCUUCAGGGUCCUGUGCACCAAGGCCUGGCUGACCCAGGACCUGCUGAAGCCCCUCAUGGACAAGGUGGUGGCCUUCUCCCACCUCCUUGAGCACAUGGCCCCACCCCUGGCCCAGGAGACUCUGCAGGAGGUGCACCGCUACGUUGUCCGCGAGUACCUGGCGCAGGCGCUGAGACCCCACCAGCGGUUCUGGGGUGAGGACCGCCUGAGCGGCUCAAAGAAGAUGAGGCUCGAGGCGCAGGCCAUCAGCAACACCUUCCAGGAGUUGGGCUCCGAGGCCAAGUGGCUGGGCCAAGCUAUCCCAUGCGUGGCUGACAUAAUGGGUGAGACUCGCAAGGACGACAUCGGGCGGCAUCUGGAGACGCUCAUCAGAAGCUACCCCGACAUCAGGCGGGACCACGUGCUGGCCAUCCUAGCGCUGCGCCGUCUGGGCUGCCGUCGGAACCAGCACCUCCUGCGCCGCACCCAGGCCCUGCUGAGGGCUGCGGCCCAGGCCAGCGGCUCCGGGGCCACAGGGGGCCGCGUGCUCUUCGAGGAGAUCAAGUUGUCCACCUCCGUGGGCAUGGUGAUCACCUGCAUCUAGUGCUGCCGGCCUGAGACGGGGCUGACCCCGGUGGAUGGAGGGGCGGCCACCUUCCCCUGGGCACCGGGCCCCAAGCUGGGGGCCCGGGAGGCAGCCUCAGCUCUGCCCCCAGGCCUGAAGCCCUGGGUCGUGGACUGUCCUGUCCAUCCUCCUCCUUCUGAUGACCAGGAGGAGCAGCCCUGAGAGGCAUUCCAGGCAUUUGGAGGAGGGUUUGGUGCAGAAGUUCCCUUCGGUACUGCCCACCCAGGAAGGCCUCCCUGCCUAACUGUCCCACACCACCCCAAUAUGAAAGCGAAGAACAGAGUAUUUAUUUUUAAAAUAAACAUGAAUUAAAACGGCA